GCUGCUGACAGUCGGUGAGGUGGUCGCUCCGCCGGUGCUGCGUGGGGAUGUGGGCAUUAACGGAAGCUGCAGGAAAUUAACCGAUAAAUGCGUGACGGCAGGACGACGUGGAGGAGCAGAGGGGUCAUGAUGUACCACAAGUCGAUGCUUUUGAGGGAAAACCAGGGAAAAAGGAUAAUUCGUUGUUAGUUAAGUGAGAGAAAAUUAAGCUUUGCGCGCCCAAAUUAAGGCGCUGGAGAUUUUGGAGAAGACUGAAACAACUCCUGCUGUAAAUAUCUCACUGAAUGGACUUUUGAAACAUCGCUUAAAAGAAUGACGUCCAACAAAAGGUCUGACGAUGUUUCCAGUCUUCAUGGAACCUGCACCGGACCAACAAGCCACUGACUGACCUUUUUACGCACGGGGAAAGCUCCAUAGAGCCACAUUUUUUGGGGGUGUUGUUUUGUGAUUAUUCGAUUAACUUUGCAACAUAUUUUUGAUGAUUCGAGAUCUGAGCAAGAUGUACCCGCCGGCCCGGCAUCCGGUCCCUCACCAGCCGGGUCAGCCGUUAAAGUUCACUGUCACCGAGUCCUGCGACCGGAUCAAGGAGGAGUUCCACUUCCUGCAAGCACAGUAUCACAGCCUGAAACUGGAGUGUGAGAAACUGGCCAGUGAGAAAACUGAAAUGCAGAGACACUAUGUCAUGUACUACGAAAUGUCAUACGGACUGAACAUCGAGAUGCACAAGCAGGCGGAGAUCGUCAAACGACUGAAUGCCAUCUGCGCCCAAGUCAUCCCGUUCCUCUCUCAAGAGCAUCAGCAGCAGGUGGUGCAGGCGGUCGAGAGAGCCAAGCAGGUCACUAUGGCUGAACUCAACGCAAUCAUAGGACAGCAGCAGCUCCAAGCUCAGCAUCUCUCCCAUGGCCAUGCCAUCCCCGUCCCACUCACGCCACACCCAGCUGGCCUGCAGCCCCCCCUGCCCCCUGGAGCCGGGACUGCCAGCCUGCUGGCUCUGUCCUCAGCCCUGAGCCACCAGCUGCCACUCAAAGACGAGAGGAAACACCACGACAAUAACACUGAACACCAGAGAGACAGAGACUCAGUCAAGAGCUCAUCCGUAUCUCCCUCGGCCAGUUUUCGUGCUGGAGAGAAGCACCGGAGUUCAAGCGAUUAUUCCUCUGACAGCAAAAAACAGAAGACAGAUGAUAAGGAGUUGGCUUCUGCUCGAUAUGAAAGUGAUGGAGAGAAGAGUGAUGACAACCUGGUCGUGGAUGUAUCUAAUGAGGAUCCAACAUCUCCCAGAGGAAGUCCCGCCCACUCUCCGCGAGAGAACGGAUUGGACAAGCGUCGUCUGUUAAAAAAAGAUGCCCCUCUGAGUCCUUCCUCCGUCGCCUCCUCCAGCAGCACACCUUCAUCCAAAUCCAAAGAGAUUAAUUUGAAUGAGAAGUCCACAACACCUGUAUCUAAGUCAAGCACCCCCACCUCCCGCUCUGACGCUCCCACACCCAGCAGCACUUCCACCCCAGGCCUGAGGACCGCACCUGGGAAACCAGCAGGAAUUGAGGCCCUUGCUCCUGGUCUUCGUACACCUCUGGCGGUGCCCUGUUCAUACCCGAGCCCAUUUGGGAUGGUUCCUCAUCCUGGGAUGAAUGGGGAGUUGAGUGGAGCUGGAGCUGCCUACACUGGUCUGCAUAACAUUUCUCCACAGAUGAGUGCAGUGGCUGCUGCCGCUGUGGCUGCUUAUGGACGAACACAAGUGGUUGGAUUUGAUCCCCACCAUCAUAUACGUGUCCCUGGACUCCCUCCAAACCUGUCAGGCAUUCCUGGUGGAAAACCUGCGUACUCCUUUCAUGUGAGUGCUGAUGGACAGAUGCAGCCCGUGCCUUUUCCUCCGGACUCACUGAUUGGCCCUGGCAUUCCUCGCCAUGCACGGCAGAUCAAUACCCUGAGUCAUGGUGAAGUGGUUUGUGCUGUCACUAUCAGUAACCCCACGCGUCAUGUCUACACCGGUGGCAAGGGCUGCGUGAAGGUGUGGGACAUCAGUCACCCCGGCAACAAGACCCCAGUAUCCCAGCUAGACUGCCUGAACAGGGAUAACUACAUCCGUUCCUGUCGACUACUUCCGGAUGGGCGGACUCUAAUAGUAGGGGGAGAAGCGAGCACUUUGUCAAUCUGGGAUCUGGCUACACCCACUCCACGGAUAAAGGCUGAACUGACCUCAUCAGCACCGGCAUGUUACGCUCUGGCCAUCAGCCCAGACUCCAAAGUGUGCUUCUCCUGCUGCUCAGAUGGAAACAUCGCUGUCUGGGAUCUUCAUAACCAGACUCUGGUCAGACAGUUCCAGGGCCACACAGACGGAGCCAGCUGUAUAGACAUCUCCAACGAUGGGACCAAGCUGUGGACAGGAGGCUUGGAUAACACCGUAAGGUCCUGGGACCUGAGAGAGGGACGGCAGCUACAGCAGCAUGACUUCACCUCCCAGAUCUUCUCUCUGGGAUACUGUCCAACAGGCGAGUGGCUGGCAGUGGGGAUGGAGAACAAUAACGUGGAAGUUCUGCAUGUCACCAAACCUGACAAAUACCAGCUCCACCUGCAUGAAAGCUGUGUGCUCUCACUCAGAUUUGCUCACUGUGGGAAGUGGUUUGUGAGCACGGGAAAAGACAAUCUGCUCAAUGCAUGGAGAACUCCAUAUGGUGCCAGCAUAUUCCAGUCCAAGGAGUCUUCGUCAGUGCUGAGCUGUGACAUCUCUAUAGAUGACAAGUACAUUGUGACGGGAUCAGGAGACAAGAAAGCAACAGUCUAUGAAGUCAACUACUAGGAGUUCUCCACUACCCAUGUACAGUUUUUGAUAUGUAAAUGGAUUUGAAUAGAACUAACCAAACAGGCAAACUUGAAUAGACAGUGACAUUUUGACAUUUUACCUGGUCGUGGACUUCAACAAGCAGAACCAAGCACAGAGAUUUUCUUCACUGAGUGGCUUCUUGUUGUGAGUGAGUGGUUGUCCAUGUGCACUGAAUCUUAUAACUGCAUUGUCUACAUCCCUUUAUGCUUAUGUUUUCUUUUUUUUUUUAACAAACAUAAAUGCUCAACUAAAAAGGCAAAGACUUCAUAGUGUUACUACUGGAUUCAUGUAAAUAUUGUGGGGAAAAAAAGCUGCAGUGCUGAUUGGCUCUAGAAAUUUUUACCUUAAAAACUUCUUUAAUGUGUUCAAAAUCUGCCAUGACUGUAUUCUACAACUUGGCGUAAUGCACCCAUGGAGUCUGAGGCUCAAACCCAUUUCUAACUUUUACCUCUACCCCUCAAUUCCCUUCUAAAACAGAGUUUGAAGAGGUAAUGGUAAAAAUGUUCUCCCAUACCAAAUGGGACAACGUCCUAGAUCCUGAUAGAUCAUCACUAGUUGUAGACAGCAUUCACAUUAACAGACACGACAAUACUGGACAUUUCUACUACGAGCAGUCUUUUUUUAAUACUUUUUUGAAAUCACAAGGACCAUAAUGCACUAAAACAACAAUAAUUUAUAUUUGACUGUGAUCUAAAACCUUGCUGAUUAUUCACAAGGCAUUCUUUGGGACUUUCCAUAACACUCAGUUUGGAGUGUGCCUCAAGAAAAUCUCCAUUUGAAGGGCCAGGUAGCCCCUGCAACAAGGAUCAGGACACAAAAACAUAGUGGUAGAGGUAAGGGGUGUAUUGGGAUUGAGCCUAGGUGACAUCUUAUGUUGGUUUCUGAUGAGGCAUUUUGAAGCUGGAUGAUGUUGGUCUACAAUGCUGACUCCAGCAACCUUUGUCAAUCAAGAAACAGGCAGCUGGGGUGGGCCUUUUGCUUCCUGGCCAACAGCUACAUUGUGUCAGUAAGGCCAGCCAUGCGCCCAAUAAUGAAAAUGUACUGAGAACUUGUGGGCUUAAUUAAAUCUAAACGGGUGAAUCAAUUUUAAAAAAUCAGACCGAGUACACUUUUAACCAAAACAAAAGCAAAAGAAAAAAAAAAUAAGCUAUAGAUACCUCCAGUGCCAGAUUGUAAAUGUGUUUAUUCCUGCUUUAAAAAUGGUCUAUCUUAUAAAGGAUCGGAUGGGGAUUAGCUUUAGCAGCCAGCUUCAAGUAAACCCCCAUGGAGUAAAAUUCUUUGCACAUAUGCAUUGGCUUAAGUUGUCAACACCAGAGAUUCCCUCAAAUAUGCCACCAUUACUGUGCAUAAUUACAACUUCCAUAAGAGUAGAAAGAAUUUUGAAAGGGACAAUGAAUUAACACUACCAAAAUAAUGGAAACUGAUUGAUUGGCUUUAUGAACACAUAACCAUGUGGUUAGAUUUUUUCUCUGAGGCUUACUGUGGAAAUUUUGAUUAAAUUAAUCACUUUUUUAGCCAGAAAUGUGAGGUCUAAAGGCAGUAUUUUCUGUUUGUAUUCAUGUCUCAUCUUCAGGCAGUUCUGUUAAUACCUCAUAUUAAAUCUGCCUUUGUUUUCAAAUGUCAUGGCAUUUUUUUCUUUGUAAUACUCCCUCAAUAGCCUAUAAUUGUAUCUACAAUGAAAAGAAUGCUAAGCAUCACUUUCCCCCUACUGUAUUUAAAGUUAAGAGGAAGAAUAAGAACAACAAUAAGAGCAACUGUUUUUCAGCACUCAACGUCAUAAGUGCAUGAAUGGCAUCAGCAUCACCUGGCGAUACUGCCAGGCUCAUCAAUGUCACUAAAGGCUCAUUUAGGCUCAUGCUAAGCAUACAGAUAUGGACCAAAUGUUGCAAUAUCACUGCCAAUCUUGGAGGCAUGUUUUGGCCAACAGUUCGACCCAGAGUAGCAACAUGAAAGGAAAAUAAUCAUUUGGGAAAAAAUGCAGAACUAAAUCUAGUUUUUUUCUGAAGAAAUAUCGUCGAAUAUUUUUUUUUUUAACAUUACUUUCAUGUUUUCUUGGUCCAAUUUCCUUGAUAUAAAGAUAAUGAUAAGCACAUUUAAAAGUAACAAAAUGUUCACUAGUGAGGUAAGAAGAAGUUAACUUUUGAAACCUAUCAAACACCAGUGAGAAAUGCUCUGAAACUGUGUGGUGGGGGGGGGGCAUCAUAAAAAGACACAGGCCCUAAUAUGCAGAAAAUGUAUUACAUAUAAAGACAAUGGCAUUAAAGUUAUGUGGACAGCUAAAGUCAAAGAUACAUUCAGUUUAGCUUAGCAUAAAGUCUGAAAAUAUGAGGAAAUGACCUCAAUUCGUUAAAAUCAUUACUAUUAGCAGUGUAUUUUCAUGUGCCUGUGACAACAUCUGGCAGUGCAAAACAAUUUUUUGUUGUUCAUAUCGCUUUCUUCUAUGUUAAGAGGAAUAUAACAUGUUAACUAAUGGGCUUAGGGCUAGUUAAUUUGACUUUUACAUCUCAACAGAGUUUAACCAAGUGUUAUCCUUGUUUUAAGUCUUUAUGGUAAGCUAGCUAGCUGCUGUCUAUAACAGGUCAGAUGUAAUGGUUGUAGCAAUUUUCUCAUCAUUCUCUAAAAAAAUGGGUUUAUAUACAUUCCACUUGUCAUGACUUGUUUACCUACUGUAUUCAGUCAGAAAUAUUUAUGUAUUUCAUUUCUUGUAACUCUUCUGUAACAGGCGUGUGCAUGUUUAUGUUUGAUUCCGUGUUUGAACAAUCUUAACAGCAUCACCCUCGGUGCCCUCCCUGCAGUCUGACCUUUGCUCCUGGUUCUGCCCGUCAGCUCAGACUCUUGUGGCUGCUUACUGGACUCUGUCUGACACGUUUCUGUGAAACUGUGUAGUUGGUAUUUGGAGGUCAACCAGAACUACAUAUCCUGCCUGGACUCUUUGUCUGAAAAAAAAAGCAGUCAAUAAUUUGUUCAUAUUUUUCUCCUGGAUUUUCAUCUGUUGGCUUGUAGGAAAAAACUGAGUGCCUUUCUGCUACUUCUGACUCCAUUUUUGUCAACUACACUGAGGUGAAAACUGAUGGACUCUGCCAUGGUCGGGGUUUCUAAGAAGUGAUUGUGUUUUGAGUGUAUGCCCUGUAACACUUUGAUUGAUUUGGAUUUAAAGAAAUCAUUUUUCAGCUAAUUCACACCAUGGCUUAUCAUUCAGCUUGAUAUCAGCUGUUCACUUUAAAGAAACAGGGACCAAACUCCUCUCUAUUUGGCCUGCUUUGCUGAACACAUGCAGGUGAAAUGUACAAUAAUGGCAGCUGUUGUUUAGUCUGAUUGUUUGAAGCAUGGUGCCAUUAGCUAUCAGCUUUUAAGGUGACAUUGCUCCUCACUUUAACUUAUGUCUCUGCCUUUAUGCUUUAUUUGUGUUGUUUUAAUUUUAAUGUCUAUAUCACAGGUCCAAGUAACCUUUGUGUGAAAGGCCUUAAAAAGUGCCAUUUUGAAACUAGGCAACCAUUUAAAAUUUUAAAGAUGCAUAUUUUUAAUCCGGAGACCUACACCUAAACAUGCUAAAAUUGUCUGCAUAGAAACAAACCCACUGUUUUAACGUCUGCCCAUAAGAAGUGGGUGAGUCAAGGAUUGCAGAAUUGCCUGUCAUUGAUGUGAACUUUUCUAACUAUCCUGUUUUCUCCUCAGUAUACUAAAGUCCCAUUGCCUUUACCUCUUCCAUGAGGCCUAUUUCAUGACAGCAAUUGCUUCCACGGUUAGAAAGUCGAAUGCUCUUUUGAUGCAGUGUUGAUAUUGUAGACUAAAACUAUAACUAAAAAUGUUCAUCGACAGCAUUUUUUUCCAUUACAAAAACUAGACUAAAACUAACAAAUAAUAGAUCUGUGAUGACUAAAACUGACAAAAACUAAGUUUAGUUUUUGUCAGUUUAGUUUUUGUCAAGAUGACUAAAACUUCGUUGUUCAUUCAAAAUCUGUGUUAUUUGCUUUUCAGUAAUUUGAUUAAAUGGAAAAUAAAGGGAGUAAACCAAUUUAAAAAAAACUGAUCUAAAAAUAACUAUCACAUCUGAGCUUAUGUGUUUUAUCACUGAUGAAACAGUAAAAAAAUCUUUUUUUUUUUUAAACAUUUUUAACAUUUGUAACAUUUAUGGGGUCUGACUUUGUAACCAUCUAAUGGUCAAACAUGCCCAAAUUUAAGUGCUUCAAUGGUUUAUUUUUCUGGUUUACUUUUCAAACUUCCCAUGCCCACACUCAUCCGUCUGACAUAUGAAUACAGUAAUUUUCUUAUCGUACUGUUAGGUCCUAAUAGUUAUAAAUGUUUUUGUUUUAUACCAACUCUUUUAAGAUAAUGAUUAUUAUGGAAGCUCUUUGCAGCAAUGUGUGGCACUGGAAAAGAAAAGCUUAAAUGUAGAGUACGUGCACUUUGGGGUUGCUCGGUUCCUUUUAAGAAUGAUUUCAGUAAAGACUUUUGUUGAGUGGAUUCUAAUAAUGGUACUUUUUUGGAUAUAAGAUAAAAUUUUGCAGUAAAACAUCAUUAAAGAAAAGCUUAAGGGACUCCAUGAAAGACAUCAAACUGUUAGGAUGGAUGUUUUGUCAUUUUUUUUCAGUUACACAUAUUGACACUGCAUACUGAUGGACUGGUCAUAAUAUUUUUUUUUCACAGUGUUUGCCUUAUCACGUUUCUAUGUUUGCUGCGUCAGCUAUGCUUUAAUAUCAAAUGAAAUUCAUCCAUCUUGCUGUCACUGGUUUGCUCAGCUGUGUUUUCUGCUCUUGAAAAAAUCUUGGUUGCUAAUGUAAAACCUCCAUCCUCAUCAAUAAUGGAAAAUGUAAAUACACUGAUUGUAUUUGCUGGGAUUUCCAAAAGUUAAUCUUCGGUUACUCGUAUCAUCUGAUUGCUACAAGUGGGCCGGUACGGCCUGAUAAAUGGCAAUGUGUACAAUAAUGGUGUAUAAAGCAUUUAGCUUUACUGAACUCAUAAAGGUGAGAUAAAUUUAACAUGUAAGGAUUCAUCUUAGGAUGAACUUCCUGUUGUUAGUUGAGCUUUUCCCCCUUCAAUACAAAAUGCCUUUGCUCUUUUUUCUAGUCUGUGAUUGAUUUUAUUAAAUUAUU